AUGAAGACUUCGACCCUUCUUGCGGGCGCUUUAGCAGCCUCCGCACAGGCUGCCUCGGUUCAAAACGUGUUCCAGGCGAACACCCUGCUCGAUAAAGCCAUCGAUGCGCUAGGACUAUCGUCAGAGGACGUCCUAGACUCGCUGCCUAAGAGCCUUAAAAGCGUGUGGGGCGAGAUGGGUAUGCUGUUUCCCAAAGAGACUUCGCAGCUCGAGUUCGUGACCAAGCCCAAGUUCAAGACUAACCGUCGUCCUGAUAGCCAGUGGGAUUUUGUUGUGCAGGAGAACCCCUCGCACAAACUGCGUGUCAACAAGAUCAAAGACCCCCAGGUAUUGGGAGUCGACCCUGGCGUCAAGCAGUACACAGGUUACCUUGACGUUGAGGAGGAAGACAAGCACUUCUUCUACUGGUUUUUCGAGAGUAGAAAUGACCCAAAAAAUGACCCUGUCAUCCUGUGGCUGAACGGUGGACCCGGCUGCUCUUCUUUGACUGGCCAGUUCUUUGAACUUGGACCCUCUCACAUUGGCCCCGAAAUCAAGCCCAUCUACAACCCAUACUCUUGGAACUCGAAUGCGUCUGUCAUUUUCCUUGACCAACCUGUCAACGUGGGGUACUCUUACUCCGGCUCGAGCGGUGUGUCUAACACUGUUGCUGCGGGCAAGGACGUCUACGCCUUUUUGCAACUGUUCUUCAAGCAAUUCCCAGAAUACGCCUCUGGCCAAGACUUCCACAUCGCGGGCGAAUCCUAUGCAGGCCACUACAUUCCUGUUUUCGCUUCUGAGAUCCUAUCGCACCCAGAGGAGGAGAGAUCCUUCAAUCUGACUUCUGUUUUGAUCGGAAACGGUCUCACAGACGAACUCACCCAGUAUCAAUACUAUGAACCAAUGGCCUGUGGUGAAGGUGGCGAACCAUCCGUGCUUGAGCCUGAAGAAUGUGAAGGGAUGCUCGACACCUUGCCCCGUUGUCUGUCUUUGAUCGAGGCCUGCUACGACUCUCAAUCUGUUUGGACCUGCGUUCCUGCAUCAAUCUACUGUAACAACGCGCAGAUGGGACCUUACCAGAAGACAGGGAAAAAUGUUUAUGACAUCCGCAAAGAGUGCGAGGGCGAGUUGUGUUACGCCGAAAUGUCUUACAUGGACGAGUACCUCAACCUUGACGUCGUAAAGGAGGCGGUUGGCGCUGAGGUUGACAAGUUUGAGUCAUGCAACUUCGAUAUCAACAGAAACUUUUUGUUUGCAGGUGACUGGAUGAAGCCAUACCACAAGGCCGUGACAGACCUUUUGAACCAGGGAUUGCCAGUCCUUAUUUAUGCAGGCGACAAAGACUUUAUUUGCAACUGGCUUGGUAACCAGGCCUGGUCGAACGUUUUGCCUUGGAAAUACGGAGACGAGUUCCAAGACGCGCCUGUUAAGGACUGGAUUUCGAGCACCACAGGAGACACCGCUGGUAAAGUCAAGAACUAUGAACACUUCACUUUCUUAAGAGUCUAUGGCGGUGGUCACAUGGUUCCAUACGACCAGCCUGAGAACUCUCUUGCAAUGGUUAACGACUGGAUUCAGGGCCGCUACUCUUUUGAGUAA